AUGGGCGAUCAUCAAUACUCCAUCAUCAAGCACAAUGAGCAUCUGCUGCUCGACCAGCCCCUUCUCCGCCUACCUGUCGAACUCCUGCGCAAGAACUUUCGAUCAGCUCAUUUCACGAUCGAAAAGGAGACAUCGGCUCUCAAGACUCUCCUCAAGGACUCCGCGACAGCCGCCGUCUCGGGCCAGUCGCAGCCGGCCGAUGUCAUCAACAAUGUCGACGCUAUGCUUACCCGCAUGCGCGGCAUGAAGCGCAAGCUGCAAGCUCACGCCGAGGAGGAAAGAGGCUUGCACAAAAGCAUAGGGGCUCGAAUCAAUCACUUGAACGAGCUGUACGAUUUGCACACGGUGGACGACGUGAAGUACGAGGACUGGAGUCGCCUACGGCUCGACCGGCUGAUGUCGGAUUAUAUGCUAAGGAAAGGCUAUUACGAGAGCGCAAAACAGCUCAUCCGUGAAAAAGGAAUAGAAAAACUCGUUGACGUCGAGCUCUUUGAGAGGCAUGGUCGAGUCAAGAAUGACCUCCUCCAAGGCAAGAUGGGCGAGGCGCUCGCCUGGUGCGCAGAGAACAAGAAGGAACUUCGCAAGCUCGACAGCAAGCUUGAGUUUCAGCUACGUCUACAAACGUACAUUGACCUGAUCAAGGACAACAAAACCAGCGAGGCCAUCAGCCACCUCCGAAAGUACAUUAUGCCCUUCAAAGCACAAUACAACAAGGAGGUGCUGCAAGCAUGCGGACUCUUGGCGGUUCAGCCUGGUACUCGUUUCGCAGCAGCGAGCUAUCCUGACCUCUAUCGAGACCGGUGGCAGAUGCUUGCAGACUUGUUCGCCAAGACGCAUCACACGCUGUUCUCCAUUCCUGAGCAGCCGCUGUUGCACAUUGCUUUAUCGUCGGGGCUCUCGGCGCUCAAGACUCCGGCCUGCCACCACGCGGACAGGCGUACGGGUAUUGCAACGAGCAUGGCCAAUGGGGGCAAGGGUGUGUGCCCUAUCUGCUCUGCCGAGCUUAAGGAGUUGGCGGUCCAUGUGCCGUAUGCGCAUCAUACGAAGAGUCACGUACAGCCAGACCUCGUUAUACUCCCCAGCGGUCGCGCCGUUAGCGAGCAGCAGCUGGAAGACCAGGCGGUCAAAGUUGGGCUGCCGGAAACGCAGGUGAUGGACCCAGCGGAUGGCACGAUAGUGAACAAGGCCUCCUUGAGGAAGAUUUUCAUCACUUGA